AUGCAUGCGGUUGGCAAGUCGGGCCGGGACGGCGUGUCCGCGCAGCCGGCGAGCGGGAGGUCGCCUGAGCAGAGCGGGAGCAUCAUUGCAGGCAGCUUGAGUGGAGACAGCACUGACGGAGAGAGUUCUCCCCCCGCAGAGCGUCGGCAGCGAGGCGUCGGCAGCCUCCGACGCGGCGCUCUCGUCAACGACGCCCCUGCCGGGAGGUGCAACAGCCGCGGCGGCUCACGGAGUCGAGCGAACGGCGGCGACGGCGGCGGGGGUGGCUGGGGCGGGCACUCGAGCGCCGCUGAGGGAGAGCGCCUUCCCCGCGACACCGACGCAAGGCGCGCGCUGACCGAGGCGUUCGGGGGAGGCGAGCCCGCGGAGCGGGGCUGUGCCUCCACCUUUCCCUCGCCAACGCAGAGUGAGGGCGCGCUUGCGGCGACGCUCCUGGCACAGACGCCGCCGCAGAGUGAGGCGGCAGUCGCAGGGGCAAGGCUAGCGAGCCCACCCGGUGCCGACCCGCUCUGCGUGCAGACGACAGACAGAAUGGACCAGCGUGAGGGCCAACCUGCCGGAUCGUCCGAUUUGAGCCGAUGCUCUGCUGGGUCGACCAACGCGACUGGCGGUGAGUGCGAAUCGGGCCGGUGGAGCCAGCCCGCGUCGCCAGGGACGCCGCUCACGCCGCCUCACGGAAACCCUCACUACACUGUGGUGGCUGGGAUGAAGUCUCCCUUUGGCAAAGCCUUUGCGAAUGGGAGCUGA